CCAUGAUAAUUUUCACGCGUCUCGAUGAGCCGAAAUCGAGUGCGACCGGCUUCUUCUUCGUUUGUAUUUGGCUAUAUACGAAUACCCAAGUCAUCACGACAUUGUCGAUCGCAAUUUCGCGUGUCUGAUGUUUCGUUUGGAGGCAAUUUCGGCUCGCUAAAUUAAUUAAUGGCGUUCUGUCUGCUGGAUAUAUUAACUUAGUUAAUAUCAAUAUUACAAAUUACUAAUUUCUACUAAUUAAUUUUGAAUCUCUAAAAAUCUCACUGUCUCAACUGCAUCGCUAUCUAAAUAAUAAGGUUGGUCAGUUAUCCACUUCAAAGUGUUGCGAUGUUAUUUUAAAAGUUUGUUUACCAUCGCCUCCCCAACGUGACGUCAUGAGUCGGUGCAUGCCCGGAUAAGCAAGUCUGAUUAUGGGUAAUGCUCACAAGCCUGUAAGCAAGUCGAAAAGCCUUGAGACUGAGAAGCUAGAGAUUGUCUUUGAAAGAGUUGUGGCAAGUGGCAAGCGUGCAGCUGGUUCUUUGCAGAAAACCACAGUCAGUGAAGAAGAUUAUCAGAAUGUUUUUGUUGGUUCCAAAGAGUUUGCUUCCUUGCUGUUUCACCACUGCCUUCGUUCGUGUCACAAUUUGUCUACGCCUCACUGCUUGACGAAAGCUGAAUUUAUAAAUACUAUGCAGCCUCUUUUCUCUGCUGCAUGCAGCCAGACAAAGGAUGCUCUUUAUUACUUGCUGUUUGACAUUUUCUCAAAUGGAAAGGAUAAUAUAAACAAAGAAGACUUGGAACGACUUAUUUCUGAAUGCUGCAUCCUGUCUCUUACUGUAACUUUAGCAGCAGAUUUCAAUCGCUGUACUGAAACGUCACUGAAGCAAAACGACGUAUUUCAGGCAUUCCAACAGAGCUUGAUGUCCAAUCGUGAUGUUGUAUCUUUUGAUGAGCUUGUCGAUUGGCUUUCUGUAAAUGCUCCUGAUCUAUUUGAUGGAAUACAGUCAUGGCUCCAGAGGGCACUCGAUAGCAUGAAAGACACGUACUACACGGUUCCUCAACUCAAAGAUCUAUCUCAACAAUUUGUUGACACUAGAGCUAGUUUGGAUACUUCAGUUGUCUGGCUGCUUACCACAAUUCUUCCUCAUUGCUAUACAGUAUUAGAUACAGUAUUAGAUAAACAUCAGUCAUCACGCAGUCGAGCAGCAGACACUCAAGUACCAGUGACGUCUAUUCCAUGUUUUAGUUUGCUGUAUGACAGCAGAGAACAAGGACACAGCUUAAAUAGAUUUGAGCAUCACGUGUUUGGGUAUCGAGGUCCGACUCUUCUUAUUUUGAAAAUGGAAAAAGGCCUUACAUUUGUUGUUGCUAUUGAUGCAGAAUGGAGGGAUUCUCCUGCUCAGUGGGGAGACAGCAACUGUCUUUUGUUGCAAAUGACACCAACUUGGAAUGUCAUUGAUAGUGGUUCAAAAUUAUUGUACUAUCAUUGUCGUUCAACUGGAAAGCAUCGAGGAUUGAUAGUUGGGAAAGAUAUCGAGAGUCCUGUUAUUUCAACCGAAGAUCUGAACUCUGCCAGUCUCAAAUUGAGUAGAAAACAGCUGCGACAGCAUGAUAUUUCAAUAUUGUCAGUCGAGGUGUGGGGGUGCGGCAGUGCUGAAUCAGCCGAUGCACAGAAGGAAUACCGAAGGUGGGAACUUCGACAGAUUGAGAAGCAAAGAAAGGUUCCAUUGCCUGGUCGGUGGGACGACAAUCCAGACAAGACAUUACUUGAAUUGGCUGGAAGAACAGUAGACCAUGCAGAGAGACCUGAUUUGUAGUAAGCAUAUUAUUGUAGCGUGGGUGCUGGAUGGAUAGGUUGAACCAUCUGUAGUUGUGGGAUUUUCCAUUGCCAUUUUGAUUGACAACUGAUUUGGAAAAUUUUAAUGACUCUUAGUGGAUAGUUUUUAAUUAUUAUGUUUUUACUAAAUUUUGUAAAGAUCUGUG